AUGCGGCUGCUGCGACUGCGCCCCGAGGUGAGCCUCGUCCUGGCUUUGGCCGCGCUGCUGCUGUUGCUGCUCCUGACUCGCGUGUCGCCGCCUGGCUGCCCUGUCCCGGAGGAGCCCACGGAGCCGGAGGAUGAGUCCACGUGGCCCCCGGCACCCUCGCGCGCGCCCUCUGCCCGGUGCCGGGCCAACCUGUCAAUGAGCGCGCAUUCAGACUUUGUGAAGCUGCCCACACACGUGCGCGACUUCAUGCUCUACCGCCACUGUCGCGACUUCCCGGCGCUGAGGGAGCCACCCGCGGCCAAGUGCGCGCGGCCGGUGUUCCUGCUGCUAGCCAUCAAGUCCUCUCCUGCCAACUACGAGCGCCGCCAGGUGCUGCGCGCGACGUGGGCGCGCGAGCGGCGGGUGCGCGGGGCGUCGCUGCGCCGCCUCUUCCUCGUGGGCUCCGACCGCGACCCUCAUCAGGCGCGCAAGCUCAACCGGCUGAUGGAGAUGGAGGCGCGGAUGUACGGCGACAUUCUCCAGUGGGACUUCCACGACUCCUUCUUCAAUCUGACGCUUAAGCAGGUCCUUUUCCUGGAGUGGCAGCGAACCCGCUGCUCCGACGCCAGCUUCGUGCUCAACGGGGAUGACGACGUGUUCGCGCAUACGGACAACAUGGUCACCUACCUGCAGAGCCACGACCCGAACCGCCACCUCUUCGUGGGGCACUUGAUCCAGAACGUGGGUCCCAUCCGGGUGCCCUGGAGCAAGUACUUCAUCCCGACGCUGCUGGAGGCCGGGGACAGGUACCCGCCCUACUGUGGCGGUGGCGGCUUCCUGCUGUCGCGCUUCACGGUGGCCGCGCUGCGUCGCGCCGCGCGCGUCCUCCCCGUGUUCCCCAUCGACGACGUGUUCCUGGGCAUGUGUCUGCGGCAUCAGGGGCUGGCGCCGGCCUCCCACAGCGGGGUGCGCACGGCGGGGGUGUUUUCUCCCAGCCCGCGUGUGUCGUCCUUCGACCCCUGCUUCUACCGGGACCUGCUUCUGGUGCACCGCUUCCUGCCCUUCGAGAUGCUGCUGAUGUGGGACGCGCUGAGCCGGCCCCAGCUCGCCUGCGGCAGGCAGGGCCAGGCCUACUGACAGGUUCCUGUACCCCCUCACCUGCGAAGGGACCACUGAAGGACAGGACUGAUGUG